AUGCCACCCAAGAAGCUGAACCAGCAGACUCCUUCUGUCCCCGAAGACGAGCUCAAGAACAUCGCCGCCAAAUCAGACAGUCCCGAAGACAAAUUAAAACAAGCAGCCGCGAGCGCCGAAUCCGCCCUCGCAUCCGCCAAAACCGCAUCUUCUCUCCGCGCCGCAGCUGAAACCAUCAAAGAUCCCGCCAAGCGCGAAAAGUACCUGCGCGAUGCGUACGAGAAGGAGAUUGAGGCCCAUGGAAACAGUAAGAAGGCGCGGAUGCUGAGUUCGGGUGCGUUCCAGGGGAGUAUGGGCGGUGGGGGCAUUGGCAUGGCUGUUGGAGCCGGACUAGGCACGGUUGUAGGGACGCUUGUGGGAACUGUUGCGACAAUUCCUACGACGGCGGUAGGGACGCUUGUUGGAGCUGGAGUUGGUGGCGUACAUGGGCCGUGGAUCAAACUUGGGGGCAAGAAGGGGGAAGGAAAGGAUGGUGAUGGUAAAGAUAAGAAAACGGAGGGGGAGGGUGAAGAGGACGAAAAGAAAGUAGAGGAAGAGAUGGGAGAGCGGAUGCACGGGGAAGAAGAUGGUAUACCGGAUCCUGAGGCGUUGAGACGGGCUGCGGAGGAGAUUGAGAGGCAGAGGAAGGAGGGAGGGGGGGAUGGGGCAGUGAAGGAGAAGAAGAAGCCGAGGAAGUUGGAGGUUAGGAGUAAGGCUGCUGCGUAG